AUGUCGCCACCUCUGAUGCGCUUCUUCACGCCCCCGCCAGAGUCCACCCACACCCACACCCCACCAUCCCCCGUCCCAGCCUUUGUCCGCGUCGCCGACGAACAGGCGCUGGACGGAGUCACAGAUGACGAGAUCGUCAAGUGGUGCUGCUACCGCGACGACGAGUUUAUGGACGCCGAGGACGAGGACGACGACGAAUAG